GAACCCUGCCUCCGGAUACUCUCGUUAAUGAAUUCAUCAUUUUUCACAUCGGAGGGGGUAAAGUUGUUCAUGACCCGUGUAACGCGGAAACUCCACAUCGAAAUCCUCUGGAUCUUAACUUCUGUUUAAUACCUCCUGUUGUAGCGAAGGACACUCUACCAUCUAGUUCCAAUUUCAUAUUUUUCAACCGACUUUUUUUUAAUGGAUUUGCAUCUUCCUGAUUGUCAGAGUUGUUUUGUGUUUACUUCGGGAAACUUUUAAUGUCAGACACUUCUAUCUUGUCUAGUUUCGGUUUCAUUUCAACAUCAUGUUUUCUGUUUGACAUUGAACAUAAAGUUAUGGAAUAGUGUUUGGUUGCGAAUCAAACAUCUGACUGGAUUAAAUAUUCCUCGGAUUGAUAAAAAACGAAAGUGCUUUCUGGAUGUGUUUUGAUGUGAAAUUCUAAGAAACAUAAUGGAUAUACACAGUUAUCUUUAAGGAUGGAAAUUAAUAUCUAAGCCCAUGAGAAAAAUAAUAUAUUAUUGACCAACAACAAGUGUUUGUGUACGAUAUUUCAGGAAUUCACAUCUCCUCAUGGCCAAGCUGUUUGUUACAAUUGUGUUUGUUGUUCUAUACGACCGAAUGCCUUUAUCGGCAGGGAAGGACUUGGAAUCGGAAACACAAUCCUCAGUCGCUGAGGCCCUUGUAUACCCACAACAAUCCCUUUUAGGGGAUAUCGUAUCUCCAGCAUGUUGGAAUUUCACAUAUGGCGACCGUCUUCGUGCAGAAUUCUAUAGCCCGAACUAUCCCGAGGAAUAUCCGAAUGACAUCGAAUGCACACAGUACCUCGAAGCUCAACCAGGAUACUAUAUCCAUGUGGAUUUCCGAGGAAGUUUUGACGUAGAAACAUCGGAGGAGUGUAAAUACGAUUUCUUGGAAUUUCGGGACGGUCCCUUCUCCUACUCUCCGCUCAUUGAUAAAUAUUGUGGCAAGGAGUUUCCUCCUCUGAUCCGAUCCUCAACACGGUUCAUUUGGAUACGUUUCAAAAGUGACAAAAACCUUGGCGACAAGGGCUUCAAAGCGAUAUACUCGUUUGUGAAGAAACAAAAUUAUAACCCAAAGAAAGAAGAAUCCAACGUGUGUCGGAUGUUGUUCAACACCAUUGAGCCGGAUGGAAUACUGACGUCAUCUGACUUUUCUCUUCACAAUGACGAUAUAGAUACCGAAGGUAGUAAAAGACAAGGUCACAGAGACUGCACGUGGGAAGUCCACGCGCAACCCGGGAGUAAGAUUCGUCUGUCUCACGUCUCAGCCUGGUUUCCCCGACCCAAGGAUUGUAGUGCCAAUUAUAUAGAGAUUUAUGACAAAACGACGGCCCCCAAGGAUAGAAUAUUCCACUACUGCAACGGACCUCUUCCGGAAUUUGUGUCGGUCAGCAGUCGGGUUUUCAUUCGUCUCUAUGGCAACCGACCGGAGUCUUUACCCAGGGUGGACGUGCAGUAUUCCGUGUACCGGAAGGUCGUCGCCGAAUAUUCAUCCAGUUCAGGAGACAAAUGUGGCAACACCAGAGAGUUUUUCUGUGACAAAUGGUGUAUCAGUAACCAACUCGUUUGUAAUGGUCGCAGUAACUGUCCUCACGGUGAGGACGAGCAGCAUUGUACACAGGAAGUCGUGGAGGAGGUGACGGUCAUUCCACUUCACAUGAUUAUUCUUGGAGCUGUGGUGGGCGUCAUAGGCACCGGCAUCCUCAUAGGUGGGUGCUUGACAUGGCGCGCAAAACGCCGGCAGAAGCGAAAAGACAAGGAGGCCAAAUUACAACAAGCAAAGCUCAAGGACACGAAUAUGGAAAUGACAAGUAACAGCUCGAGCACGACUCUUUCUAGCAAGAAAGGAAGUAACUAUCCCCCGCCAUACUAUUCCCUCCCACGACCCCAAGUCAAAAAUCAAGGGAUUGUGCGGGAGUAUACACACAGAAAUAGUCUGACUAAUUCCUUACAGUCGCCCUCCGAGGGAGAGUAUCCGGACCAGAACUCUGAUCCCGGCAAUUACAAAAAGUAUAUGGUUAUGGACCAGUACAUGGAGGAAGAUUCGAGCCCAUGUCCAUCGGUGUAUAACCAAAGUCCCCCUGUGCUCACCACCAUCGUAGAGCGACAUGAUAUCCCGCCACAUACUCCCGACAUCGACCCCACUUAUGGCUGGGGCGGAUACGGCUGGCGUCAACCGCGCACUAUGGGGGAGCCACGGUCACCAAUUUCACCACCCACGCUGAGCGAAAAUAUAGCUAAAUUGAAGCAAUAUACGAUUCCGAAAAACCAUCCUGGAUAUCAACCGGAAAACAAAAUGUACAACCCGGAAACGAGGUACGAGAUUUAUCCGGAAAGUAAAUUUCAAAUUGGAAAGGAAUUCAAAAUGAAGUAUGGCAUGGUGCCAGAUACCGAAAUGAUGCUAGAGCAACAAAAAUUAGGAAGAGAGUUUACCACAAAAUACGGAACGCAACCUGAUGACGUUUCGAUGGAAAAACAAAAAAUGAAACAGUUUAAAAUGCGAAGCCAACACCCGGAUAUAACACGUGAUAUUGAAGUUACGUGAGAGUAAUAAUUACAGUAAAAUGGAAAGACUUAAAAGUUGUUUUAUCACGCGUGUCGUUCAGACAGUCAGUGAGGAUGGACCUUGCGGUAUAAACCGUAACAACAAUGGUGGAACAAGACACCAACUGCAAACCGCAAAAUACCGUAUCAAACGUUGGGAUGCAAUUACCAAGUCGACUGUGUGAUCGAUUGAUUAUCAAUGCAGCACAAAGUAAGGAGUUUGAAUGGCCAAUAACGACUCGAUUGAAAUAUCGUAAAGAGACGACACAACACCUAAGAAGAAACGUUGUCUGCAACAAGCUCAUACGUUGAACGAAUAAAAUCCAACACGUUCGUCUCUCCCAUGAGCGUUCUCAAAUUAAACAGCAUUCAAUGCGGCACUUAAGUCGCAAUAAUGUCCAAAAGACGCAAAAGUUACGACAAACGAUCACAACUGUCAUAGUCGCAAUAACGUCCAAAAGACGCAAAAGCUACGACAAACACUGACAACUGUCAUAACGUGAUCGUCAGGAUCUGGAAAUUAACCAAGUGGUAGAGAACAUGGGUAUCAUUGGCGUUAGGUCAUCGAGCAGAGCUGGUUUAGUGAUGUGUACUUGUGUGAAGUUAUACUUGCUAUGAAGAGUGCUAUACACUGACCGGACCAGAACCUACAGGCUGAUUAUAUUGUAUGACUAUGAAACGUCUAAUGUUUAAAUCUUUUUUUUAUUUCUCAUCUGCAUGGUCGACAUGUUUAUAUUCAACAUGUAGUCCACACAUUAAAUGUGUUCCAAGUGAUAGUAUUACAGAAAAUCAUUUUUAUUUUCCUGGUUUCGUUUAUUGGACUAGCGUUUCGUACAUUCGUAUGAACAUUCUCGGUAUCCGCAAUUCAUGAAGAAAACAUCGACAUGUUUAUAAAUAUAUGUCAUUUGAGACUUUCUGCCUGAAUUUUUAUACGAUGAAAGAUACAAAGGCUGUACUGUAUGAGGAAAGGACUCUAAGCAUUCCAAUUCUCAUAAACUUGACCAUAACCAAGGAUUAGAAGUGAUAUAUCGUAAAGCCUAAGUAUCGCUUAUCUGGGUAUUACCUAGAAAUCAAUAAUGCUUGAACUAUGAACCUUUAAGAUCUAUAUUGUCCGAUCAACCGCAUAUAGGGCUCCCGUCUUCUGUAACGUCCGUGUAAUCAAAUUUCUUCCGACCGAAUUGGACCACAGAUGUAACUCAGAAGUUCUUAUCGACAUUCUACUGACUACAUCUUUUGGAGUUCCUAUGGAUAAGGCGGCGGAAUCCUUGUGUUAACACUUGUUAUAGUGCUGCUCCGUAAAAAUAAUGUGCCUUAGUAUUUGUGUUUGUAUAUUAGCUCAUGUGUGUUGUAUUUAUGGCUCAGGAAUCCAUUUUUUUGUCAUAUUUAUUUUAAAUGAUUAAACUAUAAUUGAUGAAAUGUUGAUUUAAGGUUCGAAAAUCAUACCGAAAGAAGUUCAUUUGACAAGCAGUUAUUGUGAACAGUAAAUUUCGACUCCAUCGUCGCUAUGGUGUGAUGAUAACCAGGUAAUCAGUCCUAUCAUAAAGAAAGCACUCAUACUUUACUAAAUAAACUACAUAUUUCAUCGGUAGGGUAGCAUGUUAACAUAAUAAUGUAAUGACAAGGUGAUGGUGACAGGUAACAUUUGAUGAAAGUCUUUGUAAUUUAUUUUAUCUGUUGUCUGAGAAGAUGAAUGCAGUGUGUGUGUGUGUUGAAGUAUUUGUAUAUAAAACGGCAUUGCUUAUUUCAUUGAAUCAAUAAUUGAAAUAAAAUAAAUAUAUUAUAAGAUC